AUGACUCUCAUUGUUCACCACCUCCAUGUAUCCAUGUCCGAGAGGAUUCCAUGGCUUUGCGAAGAGCUCGGAGUGCCCUACGAGCUGAAAGUUUACAACCGCGACAGACUCAUGGCUCCUGCUGAGUUUAAAGCACUGCAUCAUUCGGGCACAGCUCCUGUCAUCCAGGACGGCGACCUGACUCUGGCAGAGAGCGGUGCGUGUGUUGAAUACAUCAGCCACAAACACGCUCAAGGCAAGCUCUUCGUGCCUUCGACCCGCCCAGAAUACGCCAACUUUCUCUUCUGGUGGCAUUGGUCCAACGCUACGCUGCAGUCCGCCCUUGGAGGAGCAAUGGGAGCUUAUGCAAGUGGAUUACGCGAGGGUGACCCUCGAGGGGCAUUUGCUUUCGGCCGCUCUAAGAAGGCGCUUUCAUCUAUGAACGACAGGCUGGGCCACAGCAAAUGGCUUGCAGGAGAAGCGUUCACGGUGGCCGACUUGAUGUGUGUUUUCCAGGUCUCAACAUUCCGCUACUUUUACCCCAUCGACCUGGGAGAGUACGAAAACAUAGUGGGUUUCUUGAAGCGAGUGGGAGAGCGUGAAGCGUAUCAAAGGGCCAUGGCAAAGUCGGAUCCGGGUAUGGAGUUGGCUUUGGGAUCAGCUCCGCCUUCGCAGCCUCUCAUGUGA